ACUAGCGCUGUCAAACAAAUACAGUCGGUCAUCUGUCAAAAAUAACCAAAAAUAAAAUUGUAAUCUUUUGUGAUUAUUUAUUCGCUUUGCUCUCAAAAACUGUUUUGAAAACGAAAUGGCGUCUACAAGCGCAGAUUCUCAAUCCAAUAUAGCCCAAAAGACUUGGGUCAUGUCCAAUAACAUAGAGACUGUUUCCAGUGUUGACGAAAUUUAUCGUUACGAUAAAAAGCAACAACAAGACAUCCUAGCGGCAAAACCAUGGGAAAAAGAUCCACACUUCUUCAAAGAUAUCAAAAUCUCUGCUCUAGCUUUGUUGAAGAUGGUGAUGCAUGCACGGUCUGGUGGCACUCUAGAAGUUAUGGGAUUGUUACUUGGGAAAGUGGAUGCCAAUACCAUGAUAGUGAUGGAUUCAUUUGCCUUGCCCGUUGAAGGGACAGAAACUAGAGUGAAUGCUCAAGCUCAGGCGUACGAGUACAUGACCGCUUAUAUUGAAGCUGCAAAACAGGUAGGCAGACAUGAGAAUGCUAUUGGAUGGUACCACAGUCACCCUGGCUACGGCUGCUGGCUCUCAGGCAUUGACGUCUCCACACAGAUGCUGAAUCAGAACUUCCAGGAACCAUUUGUAGCGAUCGUUAUUGACCCCGUCAGAACUAUCUCGGCUGGAAAAGUAUGCCUUGGCGCUUUCAGGACUUAUCCCAAGGGAUAUAAACCAGCAAAUGAAGAGCCCUCAGAGUACCAAACAAUCCCAUUGAACAAAAUCGAGGACUUUGGUGUGCAUUGCAAGCAAUAUUACUCGUUAGAAGUAUCAUACUUCAAGUCUUCACUGGACCGUAGACUGCUAGAUUCACUGUGGAACAAGUAUUGGGUAAACACACUGAGCAGCUCCAGUCUGAUCACAAAUGCUGACUAUACGACUGGACAGAUAUUUGAUCUGUCUGAUAAACUGGAACAGAGUGAGGUUUCAUUAGGUCGUGGAGGCUUCAUAGUAGCUGGAUCAGAUCCUCACGAGAAACGCACAGAAGAUAAGCUUGGGAAGGCCACAAAGGAUGCUUGCAAGACGACCAUAGAAGUGAUCCAUGGACUGAUGGCCCAGAUGAUAAAAGACAGGCUUUUCAACAGUGUAAGUGGCCGGCCCUCGCCUGCCACCCCUAUGAUUGAGUGAAUUUCAGCAUAAAAUUCCAGUCAGUAUCAAAAGUUGUAACUUAUAGCCAGUGGAGAUAAUUCCAAGGACUAUAAUAAAUGUAACAGUUUUCCUGUGUUUUUUUCUAAUUGUGAUAUGGCACUUCUUUUGAUGCUGACUGUAUACAUAAACUUAAUGUAAUGCAAUUAAUACUUGUGAACAAUUCCGCAGUAUAUUUACUCUUUUUAAGUAAACAUGUCCAGUAAA